ACAGUGGAUCGUCGUUCAUCAGUGGAGAAAUACACAGUGUUUGUGCAAUGACGAGCACAGUCUACCUGGUGAUACAGUUAUUCAGGGCAGCCCAGGCGAAUGAACGUCUUAUCUGCGGACGGGAGAGGGACGCACGACACACCUCACACAUAGGUAUAUUGAUGUCUGAUUUACUGACUUUCGACGAGACCUGAAUCCACGUUCACCCCGCCAUGUCAGAACGCCGCAUCACCUGGGGGGACACACCCCUGACUCGAAUGGUGUAUGGGUCAGGCCAAGACCUAUCUGACCUUCCCGAGAACGUCGCCCCUUCCCGCCCAGCAUCUGAGAUGGUCAAGGGUCGGGCGUCUAACCGCCCCCCACGGGCAACCUACCGCACACAGGUGUCCGCCCCAGCGGCCUUUGUCAACCGAGCCUUCAAGCAGGACUCGGAGAAAAGACCAAAUUUUAAAAGCGGCCUGUCAGAGGGAAGCGACGACGUCUUCUACGCCCAACACGACAUCAUCAUAUCAAUGGAACGUCCACGGGUGGAGGAUUUCAUUGCGCAAAGUGCCUGUUCACGCGUAACAUUACGCAUCCAAAAUAGUGCCGUAAAGUUUGUGAUUUCGAACAAAUCAGUUUUGAAACGCUUGUGCCUGGUGAUAGGCCUAUUACUCUUUUUUGUGUAUUUUGGAUACGCGAUGUAUUUUGAAUUCGGAGACGAUGGAUCCAUACGCCUGUUAGUCUGCGCCAUAUUGGGAAUGUCGUUGUUAGCGCAUGCGUGUUUGUCCGAGUACACGUCAUUACUGCUUGACAGAUGUUACUGCUUAAGUGGACGGAACCGGCUGGUCGUCAGAAUUACACGACGGUCACUGUACGUGGUAGCUGUAGUGUCCAUAGCCCUGACCCUUGGUCUGGUCGUAGGGAGGGAGAGCCCGAGUAACCUGCGGUCACUUCCCGGCAUCGCCGUCUUCAUCCUGCUGACCUUUCUGACGUCACGCAACCCCGCCAGGGUUAAUUGGCACCCGGUGUUUUGGUGCUUGGCUCUCAUGUAUUUCUUGGCCUUGGUGAUUCUGCGACUGGAGUGGGGACACGCAGCGUUCAGGUUUGUCGGUGACAGAGUGGCCGAGUUCCUGGACUAUACCCAGGAGGGGGCGGAGUUUGUGUUUGGAAAACACUUCCUGGAUCACCGAUUUGCUUUUGCUACUCUGCCGGUGAUUGUGUUCGCCAGCGCUUGUGUGUCCGUGCUCUACCACCUGGAGGUCAUGCAGGUCAUCAUCCGGGUCCUCGGGAGGUGUCUGUCGUACUGCCUCCAGACCACACCAGCUGAAUCUGUCAAUGCCGUGUCCAACAUGUUUCUGGGCGUGAUCGAGGCUCUGUUUGUGAUCAGACCUUUCAUACCGGAAAUGACCCGAUCUGAGCUCCAUGCAGUGAUGACAGGAGGAUUCGCUACACUUACGGGCAGUGUGCUGGCUGCUUGCAUAGCACUGGGUGUUCCUGCGCACCACGUGCUUGGGGCGUGUGUGACGUCAGCACCUGCAGCUCUCGCCGUCUCUAAACUCUCGUGCCCCGAGACUGAAAGGUCAAGGUCAUCCAAGGAAGACUACUACCGCCUUGAAGGAGGGAAAUGUAGCAAUUUGAUCGAGGCUAUUUCUAACGGGGCGUCGACGUCGGUGAAGGUGAUUGCAAACGUCGUCGUUAACGUCAUAGCGUUCCUCAGCGUUUUGAAGUGUCUCAACGUCACCGUGGCGUGGCUUGGGGCGAGAGUUGGAGUAGCCAAUUUGUCAUUUCAGUUGAUCUGUUCCUACGUGCUGUACCCCGUCGCCCUGUUUAUGGGAGUCGAACCCGGAGACUGUAGAGCCGUGGCUGCACUCAUCGGGUUGAAAACAUUUUCAAACGAACUUAUUGCAUAUAGCACUUUGUCCGGGUUCCUUAAGAACAGAGAGAUAUUUGAGAACUACACCGCCAGCUACAAUGAAUCUGAUUGGCUGUACCAGAAUGAUGAUAUCGUCCUUUCAAAAUGGAAUAACAUGACACUAACGGGAGGUGUUAUUUCGGCCCGGUCCUCUGUGAUAUCGACAUACGCGCUGUGUGGUCUGUCGGGGGUGGGGUCACUGGGUGUGAUGGUUGGCGGCCUCGGUGCGCUUGUACCCAGCAGAACGAAAGACAUCCAUCGCCUGGUCAUCCGGGCACUUGUAGCAGCCAAUAUUGCCUCCUUCAUCACAGCCUGUACAGCAGGUGUGUUACAUCGGGAGAUGUGUUGAAUGAAGACGAUGGGCGAAUGAUGCCAAGUGAAGACCGUGAUGUGGUGGACACGAACCCUCUGAAUCCGCUUUCUCUUGGAGAUGAACAACACCCUUAGAGCUGAACCCAGACUUGAGGAAAGUGGCUAGACGAUCCAAGCAGGAUAGGAGAUGGUGUUUGUUUGGUGGUUGUUUUGUUGUUUAACGCCGCCCUAAGCAAUAUUCUAGCAAUAUGACGGCGGUCUGUAAAUAAUCGAGUCUGCACAAGACAAUCCAGUGAUUGACAUCAUGCUCAUUGAUCCACACUAUUG